AUGCUGAAGGAACGAUCGCGCCUGUCAGGAAGUGUCUAUCCAGAGACUGUGCUUCCAGGGAAUGGAACAGAGUUGGUCUGGAACCGGCCUCGCUGUGGCGUUCCAGACUAUCCUACUCAGAAGCAAGGUGGUGUCUUGGACUACCACAUGCGGAAGGGGGAAUCCUUUGGAGGAAAGCAGCGUCAGAAGCGAUUCGUUCUCUUUGUGGGGCGCUGGGACAAGACUGACCUCACCUACAAGUACUGGCAUGGUGACAACCUGCCCUUUGAUGGUCCUGGAGGCAUUCUGGCUCAUGCCUUUUUUCCCAGAACCCACCGGGCAGGCGACAUCCACUUUGACUAUGACGAGAGUUGGACUGUGGGCAACAGCAUGGGUACGGACCUCUUGCAGGUGGCGGCCCAUGAGUUUGGCCAUGUUCUUGGCCUCCAGCACUCCCUGGUCCACAGAGCCGUCAUGUCCCCCUUCUACAGCUUCUCAUACCCUUUGGAGCUGAGUGACGAUGACAAGCAGGGCAUCCAAUACCUGUACGGCCCACCGCGGAAAGCCACGCCUGUCAUCACAGAGACCAAUGAGAUCGAAACCACUGUGCCGGACCCCUGCAGGACUAACUUUGAUGCAGUGUCCAUGAUCAGAGGUGAGUUGUUCUUCUUCAAGUCCUGCUAUGUGUGGCGUAUCCGCGACGGCCGACUGCAGGCGGGGUACCCGGCGCUAGCAACACGCCACUGGAGGGGGAUCCCCGACAACAUCGAUGCGGCCUACGAAGACAAGACUGGAAACAGCUGGUUCUUCCAAGGUGACAGUUAUUGGGUGUUUGACGCAGAGAGGAAGAUCACAGGGCCGGACUCGUUGAGUCGGCUGGGUCUCCACGUGUCGGACAUCCAGGCAGCCCUCAUGUGGGGCGAGGACAAGGCCCAGAAGACUUACCUCAUCAAGUCGGGAACCUACUGGCGCUUCAGCCCCCUGGAGAACCGGGUGGAGACAGCCCACCCACGCAGCAUGCAGGACUGGGGGGGCAUCCCCAUGGACAUCGACGCUGCCUUCCAAGACCAAUAUGGAUAUGCUCAUUUCCUGAGUGGGAUGCAGUAUUGGAAGUUUGACCCGGUGGAGGUGACGGUUCUGGAAGGAUACCCACGCUAUAUCGGCAUGGACUUCUUUGGCUGCCCACCUCCUAUUAUCGAUAAAGCCCAUGAAGAGUCCAUAUAGCCCAAAGAGGUGAAUGGAAUAUCAAGACCAAAUUAAUUUGUUUGCUCUUAAGACUGUCACUACAACGGGACUUUAGACUGAUAUAAUUACAUCAUUGCGUAACAUCAGCAGGUUGACUGCAGCUGUUGGUCUAAUAGAGGUGAGGACUUGGCUGAAACUUUCAUUAUGAACCCAGUCUGAGGUCCGUGGCUGUCUGAAGACCACUAGAAAUUGAGGUCAUAUUUCAACAGAUGAAUUGGGUAUAUUUCAUUCUAUCAUCACCCACAUUUUCUGGUGUAAAAUCAAUGCACAGGCUUUCAGAGAUAUGUUAAAGAGCACAUGGACAGCUCUGCUGAAUAUAUAUAUAUAUUUUUACUUGAUGUAUAGCCUUGAUUCUUAUUUAUUGUUGUUUUUGUUGUCAAAUGUUUUUUAUCCACAGAUGAGUCUCAAUAAUGUUUCUGUGCCCCUCUUUCUUUCAUGCCAUUGUUUAUCGGGUGUAGCCGUGUAAACCUAUUUGACAGGGACCCACAUUUUCUCUCCAGCCUCAUUGAGCUUUCUAUUUCACACAGAUGUGCUCAAACAGACCAAAAGGAAGGUACAUUUGUACCUCAAAUAAAGUGCUUUGCCUUUAACAGUUAAA